AUGACUUCGGAUGAGAAGCUGUGGGACAGUCUGAAGACUGAAGUAGAGAAAGAAAGCACCUUUGAGCUGGACUCGUCACUGAGCUCUGAGAUUGAUGAACUGUACGAAAAUGUAAGAAUAAACUCAAGAUCUCCAAUCUUGCAAGCUGAAGCAGAUGAACUGCGCAUCAUGUUGGUGGGAGCAAGAGGAUCUGGAAAAAGCUCAACUGGAAACACCAUUUUAAAGUGGAACGCCUUCAACACAGACAUGCAGCUGAGCAGGGUCACACAGUUCUGUGAAAGAGCAACUGGAAACAUCAACGGCCGAACUGUGGUCAUAGUAGACACGCCAGGAUUGAUUAAAACCAGUCGAAUGGAGAAGGAGGUGACCAGGGAGAUCUUAAAAUCUGUCUCUCUGUAUAAACCAGGACCACACGUGUUUCUGCUGGUUCUACCAGUGGGGAACUUGACCAAUGAGGACAAAAACAUGCAUAAAUUAAUCCAAAACAUGUUUGGGAAGAGCGUUUGGAAUUACACCAUUGUUCUGUUCACACAUGGAGAUCGACUGGAAGGGAAAACGCCAAAUGAUGUGAUCGCCAGCUCGGACAAGGAUCUUAGAGACUUUAUCCGCACAUGCAGCGGUGGAUUCGUGUUCUUCAAUAACAAGAACACUGAAAACUUUGAGCAGGUGAGCAAACUUCUGGAAAAGAUCGACACCUUGGUGGCUGUCAACGGCAGAAGCUGCUACACAACGUCAUUUUACCCGGCCUCCGAGAGGAAGAUACGCGAAAAACAAGAGAAGAUUCUGGAGGAGAGGCAUGAGGAGAUAGCACGGAAGCUGAGAGAGCUGGAGGAGAACUUUGAGGAUGAAGGGGAGUUAGAGAGGAAAAAGUGUGAGCUGUGGAGGGUGGAAGAGGAAGAUGCACGGAGACGGGCAGAAAAGCCACAAAAAAGCAGAACUCUGACUGUAAAUCUCACCAGAACCCCUGCAUCUGUAACAAAAUCACAGAUUAUUCAAUAACUCAACAGUUUUUCAGAAUUUUCCUGUGAUUAAUGAAGAUAAUGUAAUGCUCUGUGUGCGAUAAUCUAUAUCUACCGAAUGC